UUCAUCCUUCAUUUUUUCACCUACUACCACAACAAGCUCCUCCAUGCCCUUCCAUUUUCAUCAAAACAACACACUUCAUUGCAUCUUAAUUGUCUCUCUCUCACACCCUUUUCUUUCCAUUGUUAUGUCUGAAUCCUCGGAUUCAUCACACAAACUUCUUCAGCUUCAGCCUACAAGACCAUCAUCGUCCAGUGUAUAUCUAGAACCAGGUUUUAACAAGUCUCUUUUUUUUUUACUCAUUCAACUAGGUUGGAUUUAGAAAACUCUGUUCAAGUUCUGUUAACCCUUUACAUGUUCUCUCUGUUUCCAACUUUCCACUGAUUUGAAGCUUGUUAUUCAAAUGAAAUCAGUGUUUCGAAUUUUGUUCCCUCAUAUAUACAAAAGAGCAGUGGGAAAUUGGAUAAGUACCCUCGUUGCAUGAUCAUUGAUGAACUAAAUAUCCAUCUCAAUUCUGCUUGUGUUAUAGUUUUAUGAGUCUUUUUCUAGCAAGUUAUAGAACAAAGUUACAUGUGGUGAGUAACAUCAGGUUAGAAUGAAUUCAUUCAAUCAGAGUCACCAAACUACCAGCUUCAGGUACAAUCCAAAAUCGAAUACAAUGAAUCAUGCAGAUGAUGAUGAUACUGAGUUCUCAGGGAUUCUUGAUAUCUAUGUUCAUCAUGCUAGGAACAUUCAUAACAUAUGCAUCUAUGAUAAUCAGGAUGUGUAUGCUAAGUUCUCUCUUACUUACAACCCUGAUGAGACUCUCUCCACCAAAAUCAUAAAUGGAGGUGGAAAAAACCCAAUAUUCAAUGAAAACUUGAGGAUGAAUAUAACCCACAUGGAUGCUGUUCUCAAAUGUGAGAUUUGGAUGUUUAGCAGGUCAAGAAAUCACUUGGAAGACCAGCUUUUGGGAUUUGCUUUAGUCCAAAUUUCACAAGUUGUUGGCAAAGGAAAGGUGACAGAAGAUUAUAGCCUUUCCUCCACUGACCUUUUCCAUUGUCCUGCUGGAACUGUCCAAUUAACACUCUCUUUGGACACAUCAUUUUCAAUCAGUUCCACAGUGAAUCAUAUAUCACAAUCAGCUACUACUUCAUCCAUAUCAUCAGAAGUUGUUUUGCUUGAUCAAAAAAUCUCUCAAGACAUGUCAAACCCAGUUGAGUAUUCUAGAAUUGAGUUUCCUGAUGUCAAUGUGAUGAAGGAGAAUCAAAAAAUGGUUUCUGAGUACUUCAAUUUGGAACCUUAUGGUUCUUCUGUUUCAAGGCCUAAUUCAGUAGCAUUGCUACCAUUUCUUCACCUUGGUGCUUCUCCUCAAGGUGAUGAUUAUGAAAUGACUGCGAUUACCCCAGAUGAGAAUCAAGAGUCCACUUCUCUAAAUGAGAGCAUUCAGAAUUGUGUGUUCUCAAGCUCUACUACUACAAGCUUAAGUGAUGAUAGAAACUCAUCAGAUUCAGUUAAUGAAAAGAGUAAUUUGAGGGUUGACUCAUCAACUUCUUUCAAUGUUUCAAUCACAGUUGAAGGUGGUCAGAACUCUAGUGCUAGUCCAGAUACCCCAACUUCAGAGAAAGAAAGGGGAGCCAGAGAUGAUAAAGAAUCAAAAUUCUCAUCAAGAAAGGAAAAGGAUAUCAAUAGUGACAGGAACACAGAAGCUGCAAGAUUUGGCCAAGUUUUUUCUGCUCCACUAGGGAACAUCAAUAUGGAGGCUGAGCAAUCAGCUAUGCAGCAGCAAAUAGUUGACAUGUACAUGAGAAGCAUGCAACAAUUCACUGAGUCUCUGGCUAAGAUGAAGCUCCCAAUGGACCUUGACAAACCUGAGAGUGUAAGUCAUGGUGAUGUGAUUCAAAAUCAUAACAGCAACAAGUUAGAAAUUGAUAAGAAAAAGGAUGGAUCACGUGUGUUUUAUGGAAGCCGAGCAUUCUUCUAGUAAUAUCUUGAUGCAGCAACCACUGGCAAUAGUCCUUUUACAGGAAGACAUGAGAGUUUAGUUAGAAAAAAACCUAAGUACUUUAACAUAGGUUUGUUCUCUAAUUAGAAUUGAAGUUUCACUUCGAUAAUAUGCAUAAAUAUAUAUUAUUGAAGUUUGCACAAAAUAUAAAUGUAUACUAUGGAAGUAGAGCUUCAGUUCUGAUUGGAAGACAAAACCAACAAUAUUUAUGGUAUUGUAUCUAAGUUUUAUUCUUUAGUUUAUUGUAACACAGUUUCUUUGAUGACAUUUAUGACAGGUUUAGUUUAUCCUGUGUUGUUUAACCUCCCCUUUUAUUUAUGGAACAAUCUUCUAUUUUCGUGCACCACUGUAACCAAAAAGUGAUAUAUAUUCCUAUGUAUAUCUUUCUCUCUAAUAGUCAUGGGAAUGAUUUGUCAAUUUCCUAUGCUAUUGAAAUCAU